ACAAAAACCAGGGAGUGUCGAUGCUCAUUAUGUUCCCUUACUGGAAAGAACGCCAUAUUUUCUGAAGCCUUGCAACUUAAAAAAAUGGCGGAACACCUCUCAGCCAACUUCAGUUACCACUUUGUGCUGUGGAUCACUGUCUCAAUGUGAAAGCAGGCGUGCCAGCCCCAUAUAAGGUCACAUGGCUCACACUGAUGAUGUAAUCAAAGAAGAGGUUUCCUUCUCUCUUCUCUCUUAACAUGCUCACACAGAGAGAGGGAGAGAGAGAGAGAGGGAGAGAGAGAGAGAGAGAGAGAGAGAGCAAAUAAGAGGGAAUGUGACCAAACACCAAAAGUUAAAGCAGAGAAAGGUAGUGCACUUUCACAGUCUGGAUUGUGGAUUUUCAAAUGUCUGCUGUUUUGUGUGUGUAUUUGGUGUAUUUGUGGUAAAGAAAGAUAUAGUAAGUGGAUGAAGUGCAGGACAACAGGACUAGACGUCUGAGAAGGGACACACAGAGAGUGUGUGUGAGAGAGAGAAAGAGAAAGGGAGAAGGUGGAAGCUUCCAAGAGCAGUGAAUAAGCACAAGGCCAGGAAAGAAAAUAUUCUUCAUCAUGGGCAAGUCAGCCUCAAGGAUAUUUAGUGACGAGGUGCUGAAGUGCCAUAAUGACUACAGAAAGAAGCAUCAAGCACCGCCAUUAAAGCUCAGCAACAAACUUUGCAGAGAGGCGGCAAGAUACUCGGAGAGUUUGGCUAGCACCAGGAUUUUAAAGCACAGUGUUGAAUCGAGUAGAGGAAACUGUGGAGAAAAUCUAGCCUGGGCAUCAUAUGAUCAAACAGGAAAGGAUGUGACUGAUCGCUGGUAUAAUGAGGUGAACCAGUACAACUUUAACCAGCCGGGAUUCUCCUCUGGAACCGGUCACUUCACUGCGAUGGUGUGGAAGAGCACAAAGAAACUGGGUGUUGGUAAAGCUGUUGCAUCAGACGGCUCGACAUUUGUAGUGGCUCGUUACUUUCCUGCUGGGAAUAUCACUAAUCAGGGCCACUUCCAAGCCAAUGUCCUGCCUCCUAAGAGCUGAUCCCGGAAUAGAGGUGGAUAUAGAGGUCAGAGGGCAUGGGCUGUUAGGGCAAAUUGGACUCUGUAAUAAGUGAAUUGAAGCCCUAUAGGGCUAAGCCUUAUCAAAUACUCUGAUGCCUUACAGUGUGACUGGCCUUAAAGCAUACUUUUUUCAAUACUAAACUUAGUCCAUGUUCACAGAUCAUUGUAGAAUUAUUGAGCUCUUCUCUGUCCAUAAGUAUUUUUAGACUUGUAAUUUUAAACAUCCCUAGUGCACGCUCUCUCUCUCACUCACACACACACACACUCACACACACAUCAUUGCUAAAGGUUAGAUUCAAGGUUAAACUAUAAAUGUCCUAAUAAAUGUGGCACAGUAUCACAGCCUAACAUUAAAGAAGCACCUGGGAUGUUAUAAAAUUAUCAUUUUAUGGUGUCUGGUUUACUUCAAAGGAAAAGCCACUGUUUUGUCUCUUUUGUUUCACAGUUGUGGUUUGGAUGACUUACAGAAGUAAACAUUUCAAUUGUUUAAAUCUUGUCUGUGACCUUUUGAACUUACAUUUCCUGAAUAACAUUUCACUAGUGGAUAUCACUAGCUUGGUAUAUAUUUAGUGUUAUUUUGAAGCAGAAUAUUUUAUAGCUAGGAUGUUCUCGGACUAAUGUAACCUCACAGUUGUUAGUUUCAACAAUUCACAUUUUGAUGAAGGCCUGUGCUCACCUUCUGAGAUGAAUCUACUUCACACUACCUUGAUCUGUACCCAAUAUAACCUCCUGGACCACUUGGCAGAAAUAGACCAGACUUUAUCCAAAUACUCUGUUUUAUGUCUUUCCAACUCUCCAAAGUGGUGUAGUAUUACAAAUAAACCAUAUCAUUAUAAA